CACGCGCUCUAUUAUUUCAAAAUCAAAGAGCUUCAACUCAUACGCAAGUUAAUCGUUUGUGUUCUUUUGCGGAUCACAGUGAAAAUUAUAUUAAAUAUAUAAAACUUUUUAAAUGUUUAAUAAUCUGGAUGUGGUUAAAUUUUUGAAAUGUUUAAAUAUAAUCUUACGAUAUGUUGUUACCUAAGUAAAUGUGCUUUUUUGGAAAUACACUGAAAAAAAUUAAUAAGAGAAAUUUGCAUUUCUAAUAACAGAAAAUUAUAGCUGAUAGAAACGAGUACAAUAUUUAAGCUUCAUGUAUUUGUGGUAACAAACUACUACAAGAAAAAUAUUUCGUUUUACAUUGCUUUAUAAUUGUUUUAACUAUUAAAAAAUAGUGUUGAUUGUUACUUUGUAGGAAUUCUGCCUUACAGAGUGUGUAUAUUAUGUUCUAUGGCUAAAAAUAUCCGCAUGGAUUGAUUGAAAUGUGGCACGCAAGUAAUCCGCAAACUCAAUAGGCACAAACAAAUAAUAUACUGUCCUCAACGAGAAAAAACACAGGCUAAUCGAAUUUAUUAUACAAGAGUGGAAAAUUAAAAAAUAGUACAUGAACAUGCUUUAAGCAAAAUAAUAUUUGAAAGAAAAAGAAUAUUCUUAAAUAAAAGAUAUUCGAUUUGAGCCUUCGAUACAACUACUACGAUGACUUCUUUUGGAGUACAGCAGCCUUCAUCUACAAACGACCCUCAGAACUCUGUUACAUUGGACAGUUCAAAACGCCCCCAAAUAAAUGGUGGGCGUUUCGAUUUUGAGGAUGGAGGAACAUUUUGUGGCGGGUGGGAGGACGGUAAGGCCCAUGGGCAUGGUGUUUGUACUGGGCCUAAGCAUCAAGGAGCAUAUGCCGGUGCAUGGAAUUAUGGUUUUGAGGUAUCUGGUGCAUAUAUUUGGCCAAGCGGUUCACAUUAUGAAGGCCAAUGGCAAAAUGGACGACGGCACGGUUUGGGUGUAGAACAAAUUGGUCGUCAAAUAUAUCGAGGGGAAUGGUCAAAAGAUGGACAUAAGGGAAGAUAUGGUAUCCGAGAAAGUACUGUUUCUACCGCUAGAUACGAAGGAACGUGGAACAUGGGUUAUCAAGAUGGCUACGGUUGUGAGACUUAUGCUGACGGAGGAAAAUAUCAGGGGCAAUGGCAAGAGGGAAAACGUCACGGAUAUGGUAUUCGGACUUCAGCUCCCUUCGGACUAGCAUCACAUUAUCGACGGAAAGAUACUCACACGUCCUUAAACUCGUUACGGAGUUCAGAUAUUGGAGAAGUCGACAAAGUUCGGUCAGAAGAAAUAAGAGGGGGUUUCGUGCUAACUGCAAGAUCGGAUAAACUACCUGCUCGACGCAAUAGUUUGACAGAGAAGUCAAAAAAAGGAUUUUUAUCUGGGUUUAAAAUGCGAAAACAAAAAAGUACAGGAGAUUUGGAGAAACGUGGCACCUUAACAUCCAGCAGCGUUAGGUCAACGGCGUCAACUUCAUCGUGGGCAAGCACCGGAUCAGAACAAUCCAACCUAACUACAAGGUCGGCUCACACAGAUUCCAACGCUAGCUUUACAAUGGAAGAUGAACAACUAGAUUCUGCAGUGACUGAAAUAUAUAUGGGGGAAUGGAAGAAAGACAAGCGCUGUGGACAUGGUGUUGCUGAACGUAGUGAUGGGCUUAAAUACGAAGGAGAGUGGUAUAAUAACAAGAAACAUGGCUACGGUGUAACUACAUUCCGAGACGGUUCAUUUGAAGAAGGCAAAUAUAAGAAUAAUAUUUUAAUGACAAGCCAAAAGAAGAAGCAUUUGUUUCUUGCGCGAUCACGUAAGUUCCGAGAUCGCAUCAACAUAGCUGUAAAUUCUGCACAAAGGUCGUUAAAAAUGGCGAUGCAAAGGUCUGAUAUUGCCAUUUCACGUACUUCAACUGCAUCUGACAGAGCGCAAAAUGCCGACAUUGCAGCUGAUAAAGCCCGCAUUGAUUGUGAAAUCGCUGUUAGUAUGGCGCGUGAAUUUGCUCCUGAUUUUAAGCCAUCAGUUUUAGACAGAUUUCAAAAACUGUUUUCUCGAAAUCACUUUAAAUUAGGCCAUUUGAGGGGAAACUGCUCUCCAUUACCUGAUAAUGAAAAUAGUAGAUCACCAAAUAAAAAAGGACUCUUACUAAAAGAAUUGAAUGAACACGAUCUCAAUGUGUCUCUUCGACAGCAAUCAGAUAUUUUGUCUAAUUCUGUACCCCCACAAAAACUACAUGUAACGCCACAAACAGAUUUUGCCCAUUUAGUUAAUCAACCAAGUCAAUUCAGUAACAGUUCUUUUUCUCAUAUUUAUCCUUCACAAAUCAAAGGCAAUGAAGGACAAUUGAAGGCGCUCUUAGUUUUGUUAAACGUUGGUCUAAAGAAUUUAGAGAUCCGCUUACCACAAAAAUUCUUUUUACAUCUCUGGUGAGGCCUAUAUUAGAGUAUGCUUCUGUGGAACCCUAGUUACCAAGUCCAUUCGGAUAAGUUAGAGUCCGUUCAAAAACAAUUCUUACUUUUUGCCUUAAAUCAUUUGCAUUGGGAUUCCAGUUUAAAUCUUCCCCCUUACACUAACCGUUUAAAACUUAUAAAUCUCCGGACACUCGCUAGUCGUAGGGAGAUGCUUGGUAUAAUAUUUAUUGUAAAACUCAUGAAUGGGUCAGUCUGUAGCCCAUCUCUCUUAUCUGAUAUUAAUUUUAACGUCCCCGCUCGCACUACCAGGCAGUUUAGACCCUUCCUUUUAAAAUUUUCUAGAAAAAAUUUUGAGUUAAACGAACCAUUCCGUCGUAUAUGUCAUGAUUUCAAUUUUCAUUCCAGCACAUUUGAUUUAACAGACUCACUUUUUACAAUUAAAAAAAUUAUUUUAUCUACUCUUAACAAGUAAAAUUAUAAACUUUAAUUUAAUUCUUAAUUUUGGCUGUUGAAAUUUUUGUUUCUGUAGCUGAGCAGCUUAAGAUCGCAACGCUUAAAACUCUCUUGCCUUUUAUGACUCGGCUAAUUCCGCUCGUUCGCGGAUUGCGCCCCUCGCGUCGGUUGGGCGGGAGGAGGGUAACCGUUGGGUAUUAUUAUAGCAACUUACCUUUAUGCCAAAAAGGGGUAAAAUCGGGUCAACACUUUCUCUAUACCCCAUACUCGUAUGAAACAUUUCUAAAUUCAGAUUUACUAUAUCGUAGAUAUCGGACAAUUUGUGAGUUAAUAUAACAAAGAGAGCAUCUCUUUCUAAUAAUACUUGUAGUGUUAGCCCCCAUAUAGUUACUUAAUAAAGAAUUUAAAAAAAUCCGUUCGACUUUAUACUUUAUGUAGCAUAUUAGGGAGGUAUCCUAUUGAAAGUUUGCGUGUAUUUUUUCCUGGCAAUUGUAUAUCGUGUUACCAAAAAUUUAUAAUAUUGGUAAAUCGGAUUAAUUGUAAACUUAGCUUGGGAUACUCACUAUACCGCAUAUAUCCGUCAAUAUCUCAAUCUUAGGGAAAUUAAGUGUAAAAUGUAUAAAAAAAAUUUAUAAAAUUGAUAUAAAAUUGAUAUACAAAUUACCACAGCUCAUGUAGACCAUAUACAAUUAUAUAUAUAUUUGUUAUGAUAGCUAAAUUUAUGCUAAUCGUUAAUUCAAACAUUCCCCUUGCCCAAAAUACACGAUAGUGUUACUUCCGACUUUUAUCCUUACUGUAAACCUUUUAUGUCGGUCAAUAUGCGCUGAAUAUAGAAGAAAUACGACUAGACUUGGGUCUAAGCCUCAUAUCCCAAAUAUAGUGAACAUCCAUCCUCUAGUUGAUGUUUUUCUCAUAUACGCAAAAUUUAAUUUAAUUCUGUCUAAUAUACUUAUCAUUUGAGUUAAUUAAGUUGAUCUUAAUCUAAUAGUAAUAUACCAUAUACGAUUAUAAUCCUCUCGCACUUCCUUUACUAAACUUUACUUUAAAAGGAAGAUUUUUUUUAAUAAAAUUUUAGCUGACACGAACUAAAAUAAUGUAAUAAACCUAAUUCGGCGUUUGUGGCUAAAAGUCAGUCUUCUUAAAGUACGUUGCUCAAGUUGCGUAUUUUAUUUUUGCAUUGUGAUAAUUAUUUUUUACGAGACUAUAGAAAUUGUGCACAACAUUUAAAGCUUGAUAUAAGAGAACAUUAUAAUAUUAAGUUUGCAGAAGUCUCGGUACCAUCAAGAAUCGAGUGAGAAUAAGACAACUUACAUGAACUUCCUUAAGGGGCUAUACCAGUGUGACACUUUAAAAAAAAAUAUUUGCUUCUUCGGUAGCUUAUAUUUUCAUAAAUAUCUUGUGAAAUUGGGAAGGUCGUAUCUUGAAUAUAUUUGGAUUGCAGCGUUCUAAAGAGCGACCUCUCGGAGGUGCAAACAUAUGUAAGUGAAACUUUAAACACAUAUUUCUCGAAACGACAUUUUUUAAAAUUGCUGGCGUCAUAACUCAACGAGAAAUUAACCGAUGGGCCUCAAAUUAAAACUAAGUAUUGUUGAAUACAUUUACUAUACAAUGACUUUUGAUUGGUUGAAAAUUGUCAAUUUGGCAUUAAAAAAACGAAAAUUUUUUACCUAAAAAAUAUUUUUUUUUUCAAAAUUAUGCCAUUUUGUUACUUUCGAUAUUUUUCAAAGAUGGUAGGUCAUUGUAUAGGAAAUAUCUUUAAGUUUAAUAAACUUUUCAAGUUUUUUUGUUUCAACUACUCAUUCGGCCGGAAUCACGCCAGCAGUUGGGACACUUUUUUUUGGCACCUCAGAACAGAGUUUAUAACUCCUAUAGUUUUCAAAAUUUUUGUAAAAAAAAUCUUGAAAAUAUACCUUAUUACGUCCAAAGAAGUUUGAAAUAUUCAAUCGCGUCACACUGGUAUAGCCCCUCAAAUGCAAAUAUCCAAUUCGCUACAUAACUUCAAGUAUAGUAUAUCUGUAUUUCUUCUAAAUGCGGUUCACUUUUUAAAUUUUUAUUAUGCUAUUCUAUAUAUGUAUA